AUGUCAUUCAAGGACUUGCUCACAAUCAACGGAAGGCAAUGUGACACCUUUAAAGAAACUGCCAAAGAAAGAGGCUUACUAGAAUCGGACAACGACAUAUCAGAAUCUUUAGGCGAGGCUGUUCUUUUCAAAAUGCCGCCGGCUCUCCAAAAACGGGCUAUCCUAGCAAGCAGAAAUGAGCAUGUGAAUAAGUUAAACGACAAGUUAAUAUCCAUGUUCCCAAGUGAAAGCAAGACAUUUAUUAGUUUUGACUCAGCAGAAGAUGAUACGAACAGCUACUAUAAGUUAGUAUUAAAGGAGAAUGCACCCAUCAUGAUGCUAAGGAAUUUAGACCCAUCAAAUGGCUUAUGCAAUGGCACAAGAAUGAUAUGUAAAGGCUUUGACAAGAAUGUUGUGCUUGCUGAAAUUACAAGUGGUCAUUGUGCAACUAAGUGUGUGUUUCUGCGCAUCCAACUUUCACCACCUGAAAAUGAAGGAUAUCCUUUCAAGUUUAUUCAAAAGCAGUUUCCAGUGCGCCUUUGCUUUGCGAUGACCAUAAAUAAAGCCAAAGGACAAACAAUUUCAAUGUUAGCUGACAUCGACUCACAUACAUAUACAUCUUCAACUAAUCAGCCACCUCAAGACUACUCUACACAUAGCUUCUGA